UUUUCCGCAAGUGAUCCCGGACGUCGCGGGAGCGGCCGGCGGGGUCCCAGAAGUUCUGCUUGGAGCCGGGGGGUCUGGGCGCAGCCUCGGGCCGGCGGAGACAUAAAGCAGAGUCACUAUAAUUAUUUCUAACGUCAAUUUCAAACUAUUUACCCUUGGAUAUCAGUCCAAUUAUAUGACAUUAUGGCUGGUUAUAAGCCUGUAGCUAUUCAAACAUAUCCUAUACUUGGUGAAAAAAUCACCCAGGAUACACAGUACUGGAACAACUAUAAGACCCCUGUUCAGAUCAAGGAGUUUGGUGCAGUGUCAAAAGUUGACUUUUCUCCGCAGCCUCCAUAUAAUUAUGCUGUCACAGCUUCUUCAAGGAUUCACAUUUAUGGCCGGUACUCCCAAGAACCUAUAAAAACCUUUUCUCGAUUUAAAGACACGGCAUACUGUGCUACUUUUCGACAGGACGGUAGACUGCUGGUGGCUGGCAGUGAAGAUGGUCGAGUUCAGCUUUUUGAUAUAAGUGGGAGGGCUCCUCUCAGGCAGUUUGAAGGCCAUACUAAAGCAGUUCAUACAGUAGAUUUUACAGCUGACAAAUAUCAUGUGGUCUCUGGAGCUGAUGAUUAUACAGUUAAAUUAUGGGAUAUUCCAAACUCCAAAGAAGUUCUGACAUUUAAAGAACAUUCUGAUUAUGUGAGGUGUGGAUGUGCUAGCAAACUGAACCCGGAUCUCUUUGUAACAGGGUCAUAUGAUCAUACUGUGAAGAUGUUUGAUGCCCGAACAAACCAGAGUGUUAUCUCUGUUGAGCACGGGCAGCCAGUGGAGAGUGUGCUGCUUUUUCCUUCUGGAGGUCUUCUGGUGUCAGCAGGAGGUCGCUAUGUGAAAGUCUGGGACGUACUGAAAGGGGGACAGUUGUUGGUGUCCUUGAAGAACCAUCACAAGACUGUGACAUGCUUGUGUCUGGGCAGCUCCGGGCAGAGGUUGCUUUCCGGCUCACUGGACAGGAAGGUGAAAGUUUACAGUACAACUUCCUACAAAGUAGUCCACAGUUUUGAUUACGCAGCUUCAAUUUUGAGUCUUGCACUUGCACAUGAAGAUGAGACAAUAGUUGUAGGAAUGACCAAUGGAAUACUGAGUGUUAAACAUCGGAAAUCUGAAGCAAAGAAGGAUUCUCUUCCUAGGAGAAGAAGGCCUGCAUAUCGAACCUUUAUUAAAGGAAAAAAUUACAUGAAGCAACGGGAUGACAUUUUGAUCAACAGGCCGUCAAAGAAACACCUAGAAUUGUAUGACAGGGAUCUGAAAAAUUUCCGAAUCUCUAAGGCGCUUGACAGAGUCCUUGAGCCCAGUUGUACAAUACAGACACCUGAGGUUACAGUUUCCAUCAUAAAGGAGCUAAAUCGAAGAGGAGUCCUUGCAAAUGCCCUCGCAGGUCGAGAUGAAAAGGAAAUCAGUCGUGUUCUUAAUUUUCUGAUAAGGAAUCUAUCUCAGCCGAGAUUUGCCCCUGUUUUGAUCAAUGCUGCUGAAAUAAUUAUUGAUAUCUAUCUGCCUGUGAUUGGUCAGUCACCUGUAGUUGAUAAGAAGUUUUUGGUACUUCAAGGACUUGUUGAAAAAGAGAUUGAUUACCAAAGAGAACUCCUAGAAACCUUGGGGAUGAUGGAUAUGCUUUUUGCUACCAUGACAAGGAAAGAAAGCACUUCUAUCUUGCAGCAUACGUCUGAUGGAUUUCCAGAGAAAAAGAAGAUGGAAUCAUAGUGUCUGCUUAAUAAGACUCCUAGGAACUCCUAACUUGGAUUAGAUUUGAUUCUAUUGACUAUUGGAAAGAGAAUCUCCUUGACACAGUAUAAAAAACUAUUUAUAGAAGCAA